CCCUCCAUGGAGUUCAGCCUGCUCGGCGAGGCGGAGGCCCGGAGCCCGGCCCUCUCACUGUCAGAUGCGGGCACUCCCCACCCGCCACUCCCGGAACACGGCUGCAAGGGCCAGGAGCACAGCGACUCGGAGAAGGCCUCGGCUUCGCUGCCCGGCGGCUCCCCGGAAGACGGCUCUCUGAAGAAGAAGCAGCGGCGGCAGCGCACCCACUUCACCAGCCAGCAGCUACAGGAACUGGAGGCGACCUUCCAAAGGAACCGCUACCCCGACAUGAGUACGCGCGAAGAGAUCGCCGUGUGGACCAACCUCACCGAGGCCCGCGUGCGGGUGUGGUUCAAGAACCGGCGCGCCAAGUGGCGGAAGCGCGAGCGCAGCCAGCAGGCGGAGCUAUGCAAGGGCGGCUUCGCCGCGCCGCUCGGGGGGCUGGUGCCGCCCUACGAGGAGGUGUACCCCGGCUACUCGUACGGCAAUUGGCCACCAAAGGCUCUUGGCCCGCCGCUCGCUGCCAAGACCUUCCCGUUCGCCUUCAACUCUGUCAACGUGGGGCCUCUGGCGUCGCAGCCCGUCUUCUCGCCACCCAGCUCUAUCGCCGCUUCCAUGGUGCCCUCGGCCGCGGCCGCCCCGGGCACCGUGCCUGGGCCCGGGGCCCUGCAGGGCCUGGGCGGGGGGCCCCCCGGGCUGGCUCCGGCCGCAGUGUCCUCCGGGGCAGUGUCCUGCCCUUACGCCUCGGCCGCCGCGGCCGCCGCUGCAGCCGCUUCCUCCCCCUACGUAUAUCGGGACCCGUGUAACUCGAGUCUGGCCAGCCUGAGGCUUAAGGCCAAACAACACGCCUCUUUCAGCUACCCAGCCGUGCCCGGGCCGCCCCCGGCCGCCAACCUCAGUCCGUGCCAGUACGCCGUGGAACGGCCCGUAUGAAUGCUCCGGUCCGUCGACCGUCCCCGAGGGCGGGGUCGAUAAUUCACAACUUCCCCGGACUGGGGUCAUCUUGACUGGCUUGCCCCUGCCCCGGGGUUUGAGAGGGGUGCUGGGGCAGCUGGUGGGUGGGUGGGGGCGGCCGGCUCAGGAGAGAGACUUUCCCCUGCCGGCCCUGAGGGGUGGAUUGGACCCUACACACAGUCCGCGCCCCUGGGACUAAGGCCAGGAACAGGGACCAGUUCCCCAGGGGCCAGCUGACCCUCGGCCCACCCCGCUUUCUUCAGACUCCUCUCCCCCAUAUUCAAAGAUUAAUGAAAUAAACGUGCGCGGACUGCCAAA